UGGCCCCUCCUCGAUAAAGGUAUUAAUAAAUAGGAAGUAUCCUUUCCUUCAUACGUGUCUAUAAAAAAUAGAAUGAAUUAUAACAUAUAAUUUUGAACGGAAGCGAACUGUAGCUAAGGAGGAGAUUCUCCCCUGCGGACGCGACUAGGAGCUGUAGCCUUCCUUUUUGAGUCAUGACGCGACUGGUUGGCCACCACGAUGGUGAUUGGGCUGGGGGAGGUGGAUGCGCGAGCGACGAAAGCGGUGGAGGUGUUGGCCGUGGUGACGCACUAGCAUGAAGGGCACAUGGUGACGGUGGUAGCAUGGAGCUGCAUGUAGAAAGGCUGAGGCACGUCUCGACGUGACCGGUACCUGACGACGGAGUUUAGCUGGUCGGAGUGCUUCAUCACCAGG